AUGGAGAACAAGAAAAAUACCGGCGAGGAAAUAUUUUGCUCGGUAGAAUUUACCAGAGGAAUACAAAACCAGUUGAUCUUUCUUGUAGUGCUGAACACAAUUCUGUCUGUCACCGCGUUUUUCGAGAAUACUCUGAUCCUACUAGCCCUCAAGAAAGUUACAGCUCUUCAUCCACCGUCUAAACUCUUGUAUCGUAACCUAGCCGCAACUGAUCUCUGUGUUGGUGUCAUUGUGGCACCUCUAAAUGUAACUUUCGAGAUCGCGGCUGUAACCGGACGAUGGAACAUUUGUCGCCAUGCAUUCCUUGCAAAUUAUAUCUCAGCAUACAUUUUGUGUGGGGUGACUUUAUUGACAGUGGCGGCCAUUAGCUUGGACAGGCUUCUAGCGCUGUUGUUGAGGCUCAGAUACAGACAACUGGUACCUUUAAACAGGGUCUAUCUAAUUGUAACUGCGUUAUGGAUUGUGCUUGUUGUCUGUACAACAAUGCACUUAUGGAAUUCCCAAGUAGCCACAUGGUACAGCUCUAUACUGUCAUCACUGUGCCUAGUAUUAUCGACUGCUUCUUUUGCGAAAAUUUUUCAUGCUCUCCGUCAUCAACAAAUUCACGUGCAGAAUCAAAUUCACCAAGGACAGUCACGCGAAACAAGUCUACUGAACAUGUCGCGCUACAGAAAGGCAGUAUCUAGUGCACUAUGGGUGCAGUUGGCAUUAGUUAUUUGUUAUCUGCCGAUAGUCAUAGUGGAGGCUUUGACAAUUCAAGGAUUGUCUCCAUCGGUUGUUAUUGUUAAAGAGUUUGCAGUGGCUUUAGUUUAUCUAAAUUCAACAUUAAACCCGAUAUUGUACUGCUGGAAGAUGAAUGAAGUUAGACAAGCGGUAAAAGGAAUAAUUGAAGAACUUAGGUGUUUAUUCUGUCUACGUUCUUAAGUUUGUUAGUUACUGUUACUGCGUGCAGAGGACGAGAGUUUGAGCCACCAGGAAGGCGAUUUCAACGAGAAGGACGAAAAGGAAUGGGCUUUAGUUUGGUUUCCGCUUAAAUUUCAUGAGGAUUCUGAGCCUUUUAGAAUCCGAUGAGUGAGUGAUAUAUAACCCUCUUCGUCACUAGCAUUAAAGUAUAUUGCCAUUUUCUUUUUGCCUACACAUAUAAUUUUUAAAUGUUUAUUAAAGCUUAGGUACAAUUCCACAUACAAUAUUAACAGAGACGGAGAGAGACAUAAACUAACACAAAAGAAGGGUAACAAAGAACAAGAAAAGAUGCAAUUCGCACACAGGAUAUUAUAACAUUGAUUUAAUUUUACCACUAACAAAAAUCAACUGAACAUGACAUAAUUGUAUGCGGCCAAAGGCUCAAAGAUUCUCGAACUCUUGAAGGCUCUAUAGAGGCUCUAUAGCCAUAGAACGCUAACCAAUAUGAAAUAGAACAACGACAGCUAAUCAAACAGUCGAGCGAAGCAACCUUCAGACUUGAACGGCAGAAUGACGUAAAGUCGCUGAAAAGACGACGACGACGACGACUACUACUAUCGGUCAACUUUAAGUCAUUGGAACUCCGUUAAUGCGACCACCUGUUAAAAUUGGUCGUAAUAACGAGGUGGUCGCAUUAACGGGGUCUUCAAAAUAAUAAAAUGAGUCAAUGUUUUUUAUGUUUGGUUUGAAAGAAUAUGGCCGUAAUAACGAGGUGGUCUUAUAAACGGGGUGGUCGUAAGGCGGGGUUCCACUGUACAUGAAGUGAAUCGCCGUGAACCUGAGGUUGGAAGUUAUCCAGAAAACAUCAUUGUUGGGGACAACAAAGAUACUAAGGAAUAUACUGUCCCUGUAAGAAGAAGGAAAAGAGAGACCUGGGACCCGUGGUGACUUGUUGUAACCCGCUUCCAAGGACUAGAAACCAGGCCGAACAUCCUGCCUGAGUCUACAAGGAAUGGACAUAAUAAUAACAUUUUUUAUACAGGGCUCCUGGUGCAUAAUGCUGGUACACUGAGUCAGGACCUUGUAUCACCCUUUUCCUAAACACAACACGCCAAUCUUUUUCGAAGUUACGCUUUAGCAGAAACGUCUGCCUUUUUCAGUUCUAAUUUUUGAAAAAAUCAAUAACGUGAGUUACAUUUUUACUUGAGUCGGAAUAAUUAUAAAAAUUACAAUAGGAAGAAUGACUAAAAACAAGAAUAAUAAAAGAAACUAUUUUUAGAUUCCUUUCAUUAAAGAGCUAUACUGCACACAGCGCCGUUGCUGACUUUUGUAAAAAUUCCCUGACACAAAUUGAAAGGAAAUAUAGCUACAAAUUGUAAAAACAAAUCAAAUAUGUCACACUUGUCACACUUUUUAAAUCUCGGGCCACUGAUUAAAAAUGCUAUGAAACUGACGUGGAAACCCAGAAAAGAAAAUUUAUAGAACUAUAUAAUAUAAUAUAAAAACUAAAAAGCUCUUGGUCCGUGCGAAAGGUUGAUUUCAACUGACGCGUUUUUCGCCACGCACGUUAACGCACGUAAAUUUUAAUCACGUAAAUAAAUUAGAGGCAAGAUAAAAAGCGCUGAGCUUAAACGAGAAGUUUAUCGAGUUUCAACUUUCACGUUGACGAGCAAAAUUUCAUGCAUUGCCUCUAUUUCAUUUGCGAACAUAAAUUUUACGCACGUACGCACGUAAAAUUUACGCUACACUGGAAAUCAAAAAAUAACCUUGAAGAGUUUGCGAAAAAACUUGGCAGUAACACCUGCAGGUGAAAAUCGACAACGGACUCGAAUAACGGUUGAAUAAACACUCUGAAUGUACAGAGAACGUGGGCACUCUUGGGUGGCGAGGAAAAGAAUAUGUAUUUGAAAAUACUAAGAUUACCCUGUCAAAAAUUAAAGAACAAGAAAGAGAGCAUUUAACAUCUUGCCAGUUAACCGAGUGCUGGUUACUUAAAAGAAAUCAAAUUAAUUAUUCCCUAUCACAGGACAUUUGUUGUAGCUUUAUUAAAAAAAUAUGCACCUGUCACUAAAAUACAAACUGCAGAAAGAUGACGGCGAGCACUCUCACCACCGAUGGAAAACACGAAAAAUAUGAGGAAAUAUUUUGCUCAGUAGAAUUAACCAGCGGAAUACAUAACCAGUUGAUAUUUCUGUCCGUGUUGAACACAGUUUUAUCGGUCACUGCGUUUCUCGGCAAUACUCUAAUCCUACUGGCACUUAGGAAAGUGACAUCUCUUCAUCCACCGUCUAAACUCUUGUAUCGUAACCUAGCCGCAACUGAUUUCUGUGUUGGAGUCAUUGUGGAACCUCUAAAUAUAACUUACUUGAUCGCAGUUCUAACCGGACGAUGGAACAUUUGUCGCCGGGCAUUCCUUGCAAAUUUUAUCUCAGCAUAUAUUUUGGGGGCAGUGACUUUGUCGACAACGGCAGUCAUCAGUUUGGACAGGCUUCUAGCGCUGUUGCUGAGGCUCAGAUACAGACAACUGGUAACCUUGAAGAGGGCCUAUCUAACUGUAACUGCGUUAUGGAUUGUGUCGGUUGUCUUUGCGGCAAUACACUUUUGGAAUUCCCAAGUAACAAUAUGGUACGCCUCUUUCCUUACAUCACUGUCUUUAGUCUUAUCGACUGCCUCUUUUGCGAAAAUUUUCCACGCUCUGCGUCAUCAACAAAUUCACCCGCAGAACCAAAUUCACCAAGGACAGUCUAGCGAUGCAAAUCUACUGAACAUGGCGCGCUACAGAAAGGCAGUAUCUAGUGCACUAUGGGUGCAGUUGGCAUUAGUUAUUUGCUAUCUACCCAUAAACAUAGCGGAAGGUUUUGCAAUUCAUGGACUGUCCCCAUCUGUUGUUAUUGCUAAGGAGUUUACAGCGACUUUAGUCUACCUAAACUCAACAUUAAACCCGAUAUUGUACUGCUGGAAGAUGAAUGAAAUAAGACAAGCGGUAAAAGGAAUAAUUGAAGAACUUAAGAGCUUAUUUUGUCUGCCUUGAUAAGUUUCUUAGUUACUGUUACUGCGUGCAGAAGACGAGAGCCUGAGCCACCACCACGACGGGAAGGACAAAAUGGCAUGGGCUUUAGUUUGGUUUCCGCAUAACAACUGGGACGCCGUUUCAAAUUGUGUUCAGCCGAUAGACGGAGUCGACCAUAACGAAACAUCUCUGAUGCCAGGGGGACAAUUCGUCCAUUUCAGACGAUGGCAAACGCCAUGUAUCACAAACGCGCAAUAGUUUUUUCAUAUUUGGGCGUCUUCCAAAAAGAGUUUUUGAGAUCACUUGUUUGGAGUCAAAGUUGCAAUAGGCACGCAAUACGUGCGAACGUAAACAAGCCAUGGGUUACUUUUUAGUUGUUUUGUUUGACCAAAAACGGGGCAAGAUAAGGAGGAUUUUGACAGGUGCGGUGUAAUGCCGAUCAGUUUUUCAGUCUACUUAAAAACACGACAAUGCCUGAAUUGUAGUUACCUUCUGACAGCCUUUCCACGCUGGAUAAAAUGAUAGAAAACAAGGACAGUUAAGAAAAAAGACGGCUUCUACAGUCAGUUGGCUUGUCAAGUCAUGACUUUGUGUCCAAACUCCUCACAAAAAACACAAUCUUUUCAAAUUCGCAUACAUGUUUUAGCAGAAACGUCUAGCUUCUCCAAUGGUAGUUGCAAACGAAUAAACAAGGUGUGCCAGACCUGCGCCAAACGUCGACCUUUUCAUGAGACGAACCAAACUCUAAUUUGGGUCGACCUAAAUUAAGCUAAGAUCGUCUGUUGGGUCAGAUGUCGAACUUAGGACGCGUCGAAACAAUCAACUGAAUCAGACCGAAGAGUAAUUUCAGCCAAACGAGGCUAAAUAUACAUUAUCAUACAAACUUUCAAUUUAUUAGUUUAGUUGGUCGCGUGUGAAGAUGGACGUUUUUCCCGGAGACGCUCUGCAGACGAAGAAAAAGACGGCUUGUGCAGUCACCUUGACCUGCAAAAUUCAGCUGGUAUGUCAAGUCAUGAAUUUGUGUCAAAACCUCUAAGAAAGAAAAAAACAAAAUCUUUUCAAAUUCAUGAACAGAUUUCAGUAGGAACGUCUAUGUUCUUAAGUGUUUGUUAGAAAGGAAUAAAUAAGGUGUGUUAUGUAUAGUGAAUAGGCGGAAUAAUUAUAAAGAAGACAAUAAGAACAAUGUAAAAAGUGUACGUUGUAAAAUUAACCUUUUCCCGCGUCUUUCCCGCCGGGAGUUCGCUUAAGUCUUCAUGCGUUAUCAGUAAUGUGCACAGCGCGUUGCUGAUUUAAAAAAAAAAAACCCUUACGCAAAUUGUAAGAAAAAACCAGCUGCAGUUUGUAAAUAUGCACUUUUUGAUUUUGGGGUUAUUAGUUUAAAACAAAAUUAGAUUGGUUUGGAAUUUCAAAGUUGGCAAUCCAUAUACUAGGUGUAAUAUAAUAUCAAAAUAAAAAGCUUCUCCUAGCUGAAGGAAAAAAUGAAACAAAAUGAACAAUAAACAAUAGUUAUGCAGAAAAGCCCAAAUGUUCGCUUCAUAAUCAAUAUGGAAGAGGCAAGAUACGAGAUAAUAAUCGUUGAUGUUACACCAGAUCCUGUUCGCGACAACGGAUUCCAGUUUAGUAACGGUUGAUUUGACAUUUUGAAGGUGGUGAGGUCAUUUGUUCCGCUGUGGAGGCGAGGAAAGGAAUAUAUAUUUUAAAUAAAUAACUAAUAUCCCCAGAGAAAGUAAUGGAGCAUUUAAAAACCCCAGAGUUAACCGAGUGCUGAUUACUUAUUUCUAAAAAGAUACCACAUAAAUUAUUUACUAUCACAGGAUAUCUGUUAUAGCUUUUUAUAAAAUAACUAAGAUAGUACGCGCGUUCUGAUUGGCUGAGAGGAGUGUUUGCAUGAGAGUAUGUAAACAUGGUUGUGUGGUCAAUAUGUUUUGCUUUUCGCGCGAUAAUCACUCGAACACGAAUUUGAAAACGUGUUUUGAGUUCAAAACUUGAGAAGUUGACUUUAUUUACCCAUUCCUUCGUCGGCUGCAACUUGGAAAAUCUUUACAAACACGCUGUGUCAAUUUUUUUUUUACACGACACUGGAAAUCAACCCUAACGGAAAAAAAACUAAAAGAAAAUUUAAAAAAACCUAGAAGUGUUUGCGAAAAAACAUGCCAGUAACUUAACAAGUAAUCUGGAAUAGGCCGGACACGAGAAAAUAAUCACGACACUGUAGUCUUGUUACACCAGCAGCUGAAAAUCGACAACGGCCUCGAAUAACGAUUGAAUAAACAUUUUGAAUGUACAGAGAACGUGGGCACGCUUGGGUGGCGAGGAAAACAAUAUGUAGUUCAAAAUACUGACAUUACCCUGUCGAAAACUAAGAAAAAGUAAUGGAGCAUUUCACAUCUUGCCAGUUAACCGAGUGCUGGUUACUUAAUUAAAAAGAAAUCAAAUUAAUUAUUUACUAUCACAGGAUAUUUGUUGUAGCUUUAUUAAAAAGAUAAACACCUGUCACCAAAGUACAAACUGCCGAAAGAUGACGGCGAGCCCUCUCACCGCCGAUGGAAAACACGAAAAAUAUGAGGAAAUAUUUUGCUCAGUAGAAUUAACCAGCGGAAUACAUAACCAGUUGAUAUUUCUGUCAGUGUUGAACACAGUUUUAUCGGUCACUGCGUUUCUCGGCAAUACUCUGAUCCUACUGGCACUUGGGAAAGUGACAUCACUUCAUCCACCGUCCAAACUCUUGUAUCGUAACCUAGCCGCAACCGAUUUCUGUGUUGGUGUCAUUGUGGAACCUAUAAGUAUAACUUAC